CUGGAGAAUAAUAACAAUCGGGCAUGGACCAGCGCGCUCGCGUUCGACUUUCACGCGCGACAAAAUCAUCCGUCGGCCCGAUACGGGCGUGCGUUUGUGGUUUUCUCUCCGCCGUGUCCGCGCGACGAUCCGCAUUUACGUCUGCUGUGCGCGGAGAUACCGUGAAAUAUGGCGCCCCGACGAGAAACACGCACGUAUUUCUCAUCGCGAGGCUAACGGGGGGGUUACGCGAGCGACCCUUUGACAUUCGUUCCCGCGAGAUCGUCGCGAGACCAUCGCAAUUUGUGCUUCCGGGGUAAACGUUAGGCACGAGAUAAUUCUCGCGUUUCCCCAUGCGCCGUGAUUCGUCGUUUCCUCGCUACUCCGUAGAGUACCGUCGAAUGUGUUUAUUGUUCUCACCCGUAUUAUUUUUAGAUCCGCUUAUGUAAAUGACGCAGUAAGCACCACCGGACUUGUCGUUGGCGGCAAAUUUAAACCGCACGGACGACUCGCGACUUCCCUUUUUCCUUACUACUCCGAUGAGCUUCGCGAAGAUUCUUCAUAAAAGAAAUGCAGCUCGCGAGGUAGCCGGGCUAUGGAAAGUAUGGUCGAGGAAAAUGGAUCAGCCGUCGAUCCGUUGUCCCAGGGCUCCCAGAGCGGCGAUGCUGCACCAGCGAUUGCAACUUCGGUACAAUCUAUCGAUAGAACGCAUCAGCAGCAAACUCACCACCUGGUAGCUUCUACCAGCAUUGUGCAACUGACACUACCUUCGUCAGGAACAACACAGGUGCAAUCAGUCAUACAACCCAAUCAACAGUCUGUAAUACAAACCGCGACGAACAUACAACCUGUUGCCAUCUCUAAAGGAAACGUUAUUCUGGUUAGCAAACCUAAUUCCGUUAUACAAACUGCACAGGGGAGUUUGCAAACUCUUCAGGUGGUUGAAACUGGUAGUGAUGACAGCUUCUCAGAUGAAGACUCACCUAAGAAGAGAAAUAUUCUUACCAGACGACCAUCUUAUAGAAAGAUUCUCAACGAUUUAGGCGGAGGAGAAAUCACAGUAAUUCCUGCCGGUACUAUUCAAAUUGCGACCCAAGGGGAGGGAGUUCCGGGGCUUCACACAUUAACUAUGAGCAACGCGGCGACAGCGGGUGGAGCUAUAGUGCAGUAUGCACAGGGCCAGGACCCUCAAUUUUUUGUCCCAGCUUACACAGGUCAUGGGGUUGUAGUGGAAGAUGCGGCGCGAAAGAGAGAAUUAAGGUUGCUUAAAAAUAGGGAGGCAGCGCGUGAAUGUAGAAGAAAGAAAAAGGAAUAUAUAAAGUGCUUAGAAAAUCGUGUUGCGGUAUUGGAGAAUAGAAAUCAGACGUUAAUCGACGAAUUGAAAUCAUUAAAAGAACUAUAUCAGCAGAAAACCGACUGAGAUUGGUAUUUGAAGUUGGCGCAACAGUGUAUCAAAACUAUUAUCCAGUCGAAGAAUCUGUACAUGUCUUGUUUGUGUACAUUAUCCUAAAUGUUACUAGGAGUAAGCGAUGGUGAUGUACAUGCAUUCUUAUAAAUAAGCGUUUUUCUGUAACAUACUGUAUUUAAGUAACGAAUACGAAGGCUUGUGAAACUUGCUAUUACUAAAGCGGGAAGCCAAAGUUAUAUGAGACACAGAGGCAGCAAACACGUAUAGGCAAUAUUUGGUAUAUCAAUCUCUAUUUUUUGGAUAAAUAUAACGACAUUCGGAAUAAAAUCUACAUAUUUGAAAAAAUUUCGAUUUCAUAGUCUCGAAUACUUGGAUCGCGUUAAUAAUUUAACUGGCAUAUGAUAUACAUGUUUGUUUAUAGUAAUCACUGUUUACCGCCCGUUUGUAUUAAAUAAAGACGUGCCUUGCUUCGUCGCGACAUAUUGCGAUUUAUUUUAUACUAAAAAUGGAUAAAAAUCAGCUACUUGAUGAGUACAAUAAAGUAAAAAGUUCUUCUUUCCAUUUUGAAUGUGGAAAUUAUGUUGUGGGGCGAAGCAAAGUAAGAAAGCAAGACGCGUCUUCUUCUACUAUUGAAACGGGUUUUAAUACAAAUCUGUGUCAUAAAAUAAUGAAACCAUUUAUAUGUUGGUUUCGCGAAGAAUUGGGAAGCAUGCAAUGCAACACUGGAAAAGAUCUGCUUCUAAUAUGCUUGUUCUAAAAUUGAAUAUUCCACGAAAGAAUCUUGGCAACGUACAUAGAAAACUAUAAAGAUAGUUACACGAUAAUGCAAUUUGAAAGUGUAUAAAAAAAAGAAAGAGAAAAAAAGAAAAAAAAGAUGCAUUUCUCCAAUUUCCAUAAUGUCUGCAUCGCUUUUUCGUUUGUUGUAUAAAUGCGCGUACACAGGGCGAUAUUUUAAAAUUAUCGCUUUUAAAUUUAGUAAAAUAAUUUCUGUUUUGCGUCUCUCGUCAAAAUGCCCCGUUCAUCAAAUGCUGGACAAACACAACACUUGUAAAAUAUGAAUGUAAUAUACAUCAGGAGUGCCUUGAAGAUUUAUGUAUACUUGCGGUAUAUAUAUACAUAUGAUUGAUUGCAACAAUAAAAAAAAGCAACGCGUAAUAUAUGUAUAUGUAUGUAUAUACGUAUGAAGGAAAAUAUGUUGUAGGUAAAUAUGGGUAGAUAUAUAUAUAUAUAUACGAUAUUUUUAAAGUAUAUUAAUAUAGUUUUAUGUAUACUUGACAUACACACACACACACACACACACACACAUAUGCAACUCUAUCACGAGAAUUGUAUUAUUUUUUGGAAACUCGCGUUUCCGCAUAAUCUCAUCGUUGUCGAAUCGAAACCAAUUACUGACCCAAUCGGAAUUUCGCGCAAUGUAUUGUGAAUAAUAUGCGUGAUUCUAUGAGGAAAUAACGUUAAAAAUCUAAAUAAAGAAAAUAAUUUUUUUAACAAAACUCGUUGCAAUUGAUGACAUAGCAUGUAAACUUUAGUUGUUACUUUAUUGAUACAAAUAAUUUUAAAUUUACACAUAUGGCAUUUAUGUUAUUUCAAAAAAUAUAUGUAUUAUCAUAUAUUUUCCGAUGCAUAUAAAGAUACUAAAAUUGUUUAUACUAAAAUGAUAUGUACCAGAAAAUUCGUAUUUCGCUGGAUACAAUCGUUUACAAGUUUCGUAUUUUACCAAUCCAUAAUCAUUCGUAGUUUUGUAAUGCUGAUAUGCAUAAUGAACAUUGUCAAUUUAUGAAACAUUGCUUAAGAAAAAGGAAGAAAAGAAAACAGAAUGAAAGAACCAUUACAGAUAAUAAAUGUGCCGUAUCC